AUGGGGGCCAAGCCUCUGCCUACUGACUUAAGUCAGACAACAGCCACAGUUGCAGCGGCCAGAGCUGUUGCUGGGUGGCAGAGCAACAAGCGUGUCCUUCCUCUGGUUCCGGAGUUCAAGCAUGUUGUGAAUGUUCGUGGCAGCUUCCCUGCUGCGUCUAUGCAAGGUCUUCAAGUAGGCUGCAAACUCCCUGCAUCGUGGGAGGUACCUGCAUCUGCAAGUGUUGACCCGUGCUUUGUGUCGUCGGUGCCACAAGGUUCCAAAAUCCUUCGCAUCCUCACGGUGCCGGGGGAAAUGUCAGAGGAUGCUCCGGACAACUUGAGUGCAGCUCAGGCUGGCCGUGUAUUGCCGAGCCUUUCUGCUCCGCCCGAAGAUGCUCACCCAGCUGAGAAGCUUGCUUGCAUCAUGUUGCAGUGGAACACUCGCUUCAGCCAAGAGGAGAUGCGAACUCUUCUGGACAUGUUGCCGCAAAAACAUCAGACCAGAGCCAGGGGGAGCUGUGACGAACAGUCCAAUCAGUUUCUGUGUGGAGCCUAUGCUCAUGGGCCCAUGACGGGCUGCAAGAACUUGACACGAGAUAUGCCUUGGUGCACUGCCGUGCUUUGCAAGCAUGUUCGUGAUAACGCUCCGGGUUUUUGCUUCUCUGCCGUGGGCUACCUGUGCAAUGUGCGCGCAGAGGCCCAUCGAGAUUUGCAUAAUGAGCCAGGGACAAAAAACCUGGUCAUGGCAACGCAUGAUUGUGCUGGCGGUGGACUGUGGCUUGAGGAGGCAGGUGGGCCUGUUGCGAUGGUCGUCGAUAAAACUCAGCGUGCUGGGAGGUUUCAUGACUUGGCAGUUGGAAGGCCUUUUAUCUUCGAACCGAAGCGUUGGCAUGCUACUCAACCGUGGCGAGGUGACAGAGGAGUGAUCGUUGCAUACACCCCAGUGGGAGUGACCAAACUUGCAACUGCCGACAAAGGGUUCUUAGAAAAUUUGGGUUUUCCCUUAGGCCCCUCUUCUGGUUCUAGUGAUGUGCCUCCCAGGGUUGCAAAAGUACAAAAAGGAAGUAUCGUUUUCGGCGUGUACCAUGAACCGGAGGAGUUUGUGGCGAGAGCGUUGAGCGUGCAACAUCCUUGUCACUUGGAAAGCCUUUUGCCAUCAGAGCUUGUUGAGGCCAUACGGGCAAAUCACUCCAAAGAUGUCGCUACGCUUGGGCGCGAGCGCACCGAGAUGCUCAAGAAAUGGCUUGCUCGCGCUGAGGAGCUGGAAACUGCCGAAAAACAGCUCAAGGGAUCUUUCAGCUCCCAUCGACGUCAAGUGUUGUGCAACAAGCGGCUGCUCUUGAUGAAAGAGAUGCUUGACAGUGUGGGACACGAGGACGAGGACUUGAUUUCUGAUCUGUCAAACGGUUUCGACUUGACCGGACCCUUGCCCCGAUCUAAUGCCUUUAAGAAUAAGUACCGCCCGGCAGCCAUGGCCGAGGAAACGCUUAGGAAAAGUGCGGGAUUAGUUAGGGGUCAGGUUUUGGCUUCGGUUAAAAGUUCAGGGGACGAGAUCGUGGAUCGAGGUGUACUGGCAGCCACCGAGAAAGAGUUGUCCAAAGGCUUCAUUGAGGGGCCGGUGAGUGCUAGUGACAUCCCUGCUGAUGGGACGGUCACGCAUCGCUUCGGAGUGAUCCAAGGAGAAACCGAGGAGGGUCCCAAAGUGAGACCAAUCGACAAUUACUUGAGUUCGCUGGUAAAUUCGGUUGUGUCCCAAAGUGAACAAGUGCCCGUCCACACGUUGGACGUAGUUGCUGGCAUGUUGGCGAUGUGGUUGCACUUGUCUCCUUUGAAGUCCUUGCGUGAGGGACUUGUGUGCAAAUGUUGGGACCUCAGUGCCGCAUACAAGCAACUACCGCUUAGUGACAAAAGUUUCGAAAAGGAUAGCUUCUUCGUGAUUUACUGCCCCCGCACUCGCAAGCAUGUCAUCUACAAGCAGCGGGUCAUGCCCUUCGGGGCGAAAGCCUCAGUGACUGCCUUCAUCCGUUGUGCAUUCGGAAUUUGGCGGCUGGGGGUAAAAAUGUUUGCCUUGGUCUGGAGUUUUUAUUUUGACGAUUUUCUAUCGGCUUGCAAGCCUGAGGAGCGUCGACACGUGGAGGUCGUCAUCAGCACGCUUUUCAGGAUUCUAGGUUGGGAUCUUUCGCUAGAUAAACUUCUGCCCUAUGACGUGUGCUGUAAAGUCCUUGGAAUCAAGAUCGACAUGGCGGAGGCUCGCCUGGGACUCUUCAAGCUGGCGAACACUGAAAAACGUGUGAUGGAGUUAACCGCUGCCUUGGACGAAGUCUUGUUAGCCGAGAGGUUGUCGCAUUCCGACUGCGAGAAACUUCGGGGUAGGCUGCAGUUUGCUUCCGGCCAGUUGUUCGGUCGAAGGGCGAAGGUUGCUCUGCACCAGCUUAGCCGGCAUCAUGGAGGUCGGUUGAGCGAGGCCACUUCUAAGGCGUGUCGCUUCUUGAGGCGUUUGGUUUCGUCAAACCAGAGCCGCUUGAUUAGUCGACAACUUGGCAAUGUCGUGCAUGUGUAUGUGGACGCAUCCUUCAGCGAUGAGGGCAAGCUUUGUGGCAUCGGGGGCAUGGCUUAUGACCAUAAAGGCUCUUUGCUCCAAUGGUUCGGUGAAAACCUUGAUGCUUCGCUUGUUUCCCAAGUCAUGACGUCUUUUGAGCGUGUCAAAGAGACCGUCAUUUUUGAGCUGGAGGCUUUGGCGGUACAUGUUGCGCUGAAGUGUUUCUUCAAAGCUCUUAAGGGCAAGAAUGUGGUUGUGUUCACCGACAACGAAGGUGUUCACGGCGCCUUCGUGAAGUGCUGGACUGUGAGUCAGUUUGCAACGCAUGUCAUCGAUGCGGUAUGUGAGAUCGAAGAAAGCCUUGGCUUUAUGAUCUGGUACGAUCGAGUUCCAUCUGCAAGUAAUCCUUCGGAUCCGCUUUCAAGAGGAGUGUGGAAUCUGCCGACACCUUUAUCUCCGAGAGUUUCGGAGAGCGCUGUUCCAGAAGCCCCGGCAUCUCCAACGAGCUUCGCUGCGAGCCUCUUUGCGGAGUUCCAGAACUCACCGGUGACUCCUCCGGAGGAGAUCGCCAUCCCGGGCGCAGGAGUGGAGCCAGAGGGCCGCCAAAGCAAGGCGGGAGCUCGUUCGCUGGCUCGCCAGGACAGCCCAGACUCUCCAGUGGAGCAGGGCACCUACGCAUGGCGAGGGAGAGUGGCUCCAAUUGGGCCCCCGGCUCCAAUGCCGACUUCUUCGAGUGCUCCCCUGGCGGUGGAGAGCAUCCGGGAUCAGGUUGCUUCGGAGAGCGACGACGAGAACUGGGGGAAUUGGAAGCCGACCGAGGGCUCCCAAACUAUGGCCGCCAGCUCGCACGAGGACGUGAUGGUGGACAGAAUAAGCCAACUGGUGGGCUUUGGGGAGAAGGCCUCUGCGAGGCGACAGAAGGUGGUGGCCACGGCGCGUGGGGUGCAGCAGCCAAUUACGCCUCCCAAGACAACCACCAGCGCUCCAGUGACACCUCCGAAGGCAAUGCCAGCCUCUACUCCAAAGACUCCGCCAAAGAGUCCGCCAAAGAGUCCGCCAAAGGCCGCGCCAGCGCCGCCCAACAUCUGGACAGCACCACCCCCACCGAGGGCCGCUCCGAAGGCUGCCGCUCCAAAGGUUCCAAAAGCAGCCGUCGAAGGGUCCGAAAGCAGCUAUUCCAAAGCCGCCGAAGGGCACGACUACAACAACGCCGGCUCCUUUGACAACGCCGGCCCCUGUGGCAACGCCGGCUCCUGUGACAUCGCCGGUGCCCGGAUGGGGUUCUUGGGCCAGAGAGAAGUGACGGACUUUGCACAGGCCGCGGCUCGAGCAAAGGCCAGUGCUCAAGCAAAGGCCGCUUCGACAAGGAUGCCGAGCCCUCCUCCGGCGCCCAAGGUGGAGAACACACCUCCGCCGCCGUUGGUGCCUAUGCAGGCGCCCGUGAUGGACAUGCGGUACCACCCUUAUCCGCCGCCAAUUUCAGGUGUGGGCCAGGCCUACUUCGACACCGAGACCUACCUCUGUGCCGGUUCCGGCGGCACGACCAAGCUCGGCACCUACUACGAUGCCGACGGCACGACCAAGCUCGGCUCCUACCACAGUACCCUUGCCAACGGCACGGCCUCUAGUCGUGGUGCCAUUGCCGAAGAGGGUGCUGCUACCGGUGUCGAAAGGGGCACCCAAGGGAAUCAUGAGGGCAACCUCUCCAAAGCCGUCACGACUCUUUGGCAGAAGUUUCCCCCAGAGGUCCAGAAGGAACUGAGCGAGGCAGGUUUCCAAGCAGGCCGGCAGCCGAGUCCGCCUCCAGGCCUCCAGUCUGGCAAAGGCAAAGGGGCAAAGGGUGGGCUUGACGAGCAGGCCGAAGCCUCUAAGAACCUGUGGGAUUCCGCGUCUGAUGAUCAGAAGAAGCUGAUGCGCCAAGCUGGCAUCCCUGAGCCGGUGGCGUCGGAGCCAACAGACCUUGCGGCCCUUUGCAAGAAGCACUUGGAGUCAUUGCCGCCUUCGAUCCAGCAAGCCCUUGCAGCACUUGAUCCUCCGGCCCCCACGCAGACUCAGCAGAUUGAGAUUGCAACUCGUCGCUUUAAGCAGAGCACUACGGACUUGCGACAGAUGAUCCAGCAAACUGCUGCUUUACAGAUUCGCAUAGACCGAGCCAAAGCAACCUACCAGGAGCUGCUUGAGAAGAUGAAGGUUUGCCAAUCUGAUUUGCAGAGCAAGCAAGCUGAAGUCACGGCUAUGCAGUCGGAGUUGGAAGCCACACUCCGUGCUGAUGCUUUGGGUCUGGAGGACCCCGCGCGCAAGGACGAUCCCUUGGAAGGGCUUCUAGAUACGCUUGCCAAAGUUGGGAUUGUCCUGACCCAGGAGCAGAAGGAGCUUUACGAGGAGGCCCAGCGCGGUAAGCUUAACGAUGGGCAGCAGAAUAUGGAAGUUGAAGCCACAAACCAGCCUGGUUUGACGGCUCCGACCAGUGCCCCGCUAAGCCAAACUCUGCCAGAACACAAGGGCACUGUCCCUGUGACCGGUGCUUCUUCAAUCUCUGCUUUUGUGGCCACAACCUCAGCAACGGCAUCUCAAGUUGAGGAGUUUCCUCGCUUACAGGCGUCGGGGAGCCACGCCGAGGUUGAACAGGGCAGCUUAGGUUGGUGGCUGUGCCAAGAGAUCUUGGCCCUCCAACGUUCUUUUGACUUGACUUUGCUCCUGCUUGUUGCUCGGGGCUUUGAAGUUUUGCGCAAAUCGCAGCCACAGGGGCAUAGGCAAAUGCGAGUCACAUCUUGCAACAUCACUUCUUGGAGGCCCGAAGUCAAGCAAUGGUUUUCAGCUCAAGGGGAUGUUAUCUUGAUUCAGGAGCACCACCUUUUGGAGUCCCAAGUUGUUGCUGAAAUUUCGUCUAUGGCUGCCAUGGGCUUUGACUCCUUCCUUGUGCCCGCAGCCCCUGGGGAAGGCCAGUAUACCAACCAAGGUUGCGGCUACGUGGCGGUGACGCUACGCACACAAGGGGCUGACUUGACAGUAGUUAGCCUGUACCUCCAGUCCUCCUCCGGCUUCGGGUCCCCGGUCAACUCUGACAUCCUAGCAUCUCUGCGCGCAAUUCGUCAAUCUGUAAGGGGCCCAAUCCUGAUAGGUGGAGAUUGGAACUCGCCUUUGAAGGAAUUGUUGGACACUGCCAUUUUUCAAAGUUUGUCCCUUGAACCAAUUGGGCCCAACGAAGCCACAUGUGGUGACAAUGAGCUUGAUUUUCUGGCUGUAUCACACUGCCUGGAAGGUUUGCUCCGGGUUGAUGCCUCCUGGGAUGUUCCUUUCAAGCCACAUGCAGCAAUCCAAGUUGCCCUUAAUGUGGGCGCUUUCCAGCUCACCACUCCACAGCUUCCCUCCUUUGUGCUUUCCUUCAGGGAAGAACCGCUUGAUUACAUGCAGGUUGAGGAGACCCUCGCCUCUUUGCCCGAUACCACCUUGUCGGCUGACCCCCUGAGCAAUCGACUGGCUUCCAUUUCCAGCUCGGUGGAGCACAGUCUUUUGCAAACGUCCCAGGGUAUUGGUCGCCAACUCCAAGUUGAAUUCCUCCCAGCUGUUCCUCGCAUGUCCCAGUUCGCAUGGGAAGGCUCUUGCCAGGCUUUUUGGCACCGGGUACAAUUUCUGUGCCAGGGAGACCACCCCAAACGUCGAGAGCAAUGCCAGGAGUAUUUGCCGCAGAUCCUGGACCACUGGCAGGGCAACUCGGAGGAGGCUGUUUCCUUUCUUUCUACGCUCCAGGCCUGUCUCUCGGAGCAGGCAGCUGUUCCUGAGCCCGUCCAGCAAUUAUUGCAGGAGCAAUUUCUGCUGGCCUCUAAAGUUCACCAGGAUGCCCAGACCAAGUCGUACAGGUCGUGGUUGCAGGGAGCCCAAGAAAAAGGGAUGGCUCCCCUUUUCAAGACGAUCAAAAAAGGUGAAAUCACCACUGCACGUCCCUUUCGGGAUCUGUCCGCAGAGGUCCGCGCCCUGGCUAGAACCAAACUAUGGCUCCGCACUUGGAAAGGCGUACUUAGAGUUGAGGACCUUCCUCCUCUUCCACACGCAGAGCAACAGGCUCGCGGAAAGCUACGGGAACUGGCUGCUCAGCAGGUCGCUACCCUGAGCCCCAUUUCCCCGGAACAGCUGCAACAAAGGUUUUCCAAAGGCAGGGUCACUGCCCCAGGACCGGAUGGCUGGAGCAAGUCCCUUCUCAAGAAAUUGACUUGGCCAAUGCUUCAGGACAUCGCUGAAUUUUAUCAGGAGCUCGAAAGAGGCCUCCGAGUCCCGCAGCAGUUUCUCCUGACACAAGUUUGUAUGCUGCCCAAAUCGGCUACUGCUGAGAGACCUAUCUCUUUAACUCACGUUUUGUGGAGGGACUACUGCAGAGCCAGGUGGUCCCUGAUCCAAGAGUGGACGGUCUCCUACCAGGCCCUGGCUCCUUGGGAUGCCGCAGUGCCAGGACGAACAUCACUAGACAUCGGCAUCCGCCGUUUGCUGUGGGCCGAAGCCUCCCGAACUCAGUCCAAACACUUUGUAGGACUCUUUCUUGAUAUCAAAGGCUUCUAUGAUUGUGUUGUUUGGGCCUCGGUAGUCGACACCGGACUCCUGCUGCAGUUCCCACCUUUGCUUUUGGAGCUUUCCCUUCAAAUUUAUGGUGGGGACCUUCAGGCUACUGGCCUCACUCACAACAUAGACCAGUGGCUGGAUGACAUUUCGGCUGACGUGGUUUCCUUGGAGAAAACCAAGUUUCUUUGCUCAGAUUCUGCCACCUCUCAAGUUCUUGAGCGUCUGCGUUCGGACCAAGCGCAGGCCAAGCUUGCUAAGACCGCUCAGCAGGGAGCGCAGGCGGAGUCGUGUCAACAAUGGCUGUUUGGAGCCCUGUCGGCUGGCAUGGAGCCGGUGUAUCGUGCUCUGAAAAGCCACAAACAGACUCUUGUCCGGCCCUUUCGGGACCAGUCGGCCCUUGUCCGGGCUUACUGUCGCAUGGAGUUCUGGAGCCGCAUCUGGGAUGCGUCAAUUGUGCCGCCGCAGCUUCACCUGUCUGCAGAGCGCCUCGCCUUAAGAGCUGAGGCCCUGCAGCAGGCGCAGGAUCUGUCAUCGCUGUCUUGGGAGCAGGUCAAGACAGCGUGCCUGGCCACGGGCAACAAGAAGGGAGGUCUUGAUGGUUGGUCGUACAAGGCUCUGCGUAACCUCCCUGACUUCUGCUACCGACAGCUUGCGGGGCUCUUUCGUCUUGUUGAGACGGACCUUACUUUGCCGCUUCAAAUGCUUACGGUGCAGGUCGCCCUUCUUGCAAAAACCCCAGAAAAAGAGCGCCCCAUAUCUCUCACAUCGGUCCUUUGGCGAGUGUACAGCAAGCUGCGACGCCCGCUCCUGGAGAGCUGGUUAAAGGAGUACGCGGCCUUUGCCCCUUUCGACUCCGCCACCCCAGGACACACUUCCCUUGACCCAGCACUUUCUCGCUUGAUCAAGGCAGAAGAUCAUAAGUUUCGCAAAGUUACUUUCAUAACUUUGUUCGUUGAUCUUGAAGGCUUCUAUGAUGGGGUAGAUUUUUCUCGACUGAUAUCACAGGGCAAAGCUUUGUCAUUUCCACCUUUGCUUUUGGAACUUAGUCUUCAGCUUUACAAUGGGAAAUUGGAGGCCCUGCUUUCCGUUGAGAAGCUUCGCAUUAACAAAACCAAGACCAAGUUUGUUGUCAAUAGUGCCAAGGCGGCCAAAGCACUCAACAGUAUGCGUGUUGAAGGCGAUCCUCAGGUUGCUGACUUGGUCCGGGACCUUGGACUUGACUCGGCAGGUGCCAAGCGCAGAAGGGUUACGCAUGCUUUGAAACGCUUCAAGGUCGGCCGCGCCCGAAACCAGAAACUUCACCAACUUGGCACAGGCUGCAAAGCCCACAGGUUGUAUGCCACUUCCAUUCUUACAGCCGAGAUCUAUGGUUGCCAGGGACAGGGCUUGUCCCCCAAAAGGCUCAAGGUCGUUCGCGCAUCCAUCUCCAGGCAUGUUGGGCGGUCCAAGUGGGGCUCUGUCGACGUGUCUUUGGACUGUAUGUCCUUCCGCUGCCAAGACCCACUGUUGACAGUUGUCCUUGCACAGGCUGAUGCUUUGUAUAAAAUGUUCGGCCCCUCCACGGCACAAGGCUGGGAAAUCCUAGCCCGCACCUGGAAGGUGGCCUGGACUCGCCAAGAGGCGGCCGUGCAUGGAUGGAAGUGUGUUGCAGGCCCGGUUGCUGCUAUGGUGCAGUAUUGUAUUGAUUUGCGCAUCAAUGUCAGUGAUCCUCUGCGCUGGGUUCAUAGCAGCGGGGUUCUUCUGCUUGAUGUCACCAACCCUGGCCUUUUCCUGUCAGUUCGCCGCUUUCUCACUCAGGUUGUUGCCCUUGAAAGGGCGUCCCGCUUUGGUGCAGUUCCCACUGCCCAAGGUGCCCAGCAAGGAGUUGACUGGUCAGUCCACCGAAAGCUCUUGAAGGUCUCCAAGCCUUCAUCCCCACGAUGGGCCUUUCACGCCGUGUGGCAAGGACGCACCUUGCACGCUGGGAAUGGUCCCAAAGGCUUGGACGACCCCGCAGGUUUCGGCCUCAGCUUUGGAAACCAGGGUGACAGGGCUGUUUUGUCACCAGCCGGUGGAUGUCACCGGGCCACCACUGGCAACUUUGACCUCACAGGUGAUUGCAAGCCGGCUCUCAAAGCCCUGGCCUUUGAGGCUGAAUUCCCUGGUCAGCUUUGGCGCCGCGAGCUCAAUGCCAAAGCAGACACUCUCGCAGGGUUGAAGGAGCUUCGAGUCUUUCCAUUGCAAGUGUUUUUCAGGCUGCUCGUGCUGCUGCCUCUGCACCGGUUGCCGGUGCCGGCACCACCGCGCCUGCGGUUGGCGCGGCUGCUUCGCCACAGAUGGGCCCCCGAGCGCCGCCUCAAAGGUCCCGCCAUGCCGCCGAAGACUCCGGGCCGGCAACUGCCGACCCAGCUUGCGCGGGAACAGGCGGGACUCUCUUGGAAGUCUUCUGGGACUUUGGAGAGACAAAGGGCACGCAAAAAGAACAAGCGGAAGAAGGCCAAAGGUUUGGCCCUUACGCAGUUACCACAAUACUUGGGUGGAGUGCCGGCCUCCAUGGACCUGAUCUACACCCUGUUUUAUUUGGUGGCAUACUGCUCUCAGACCUUUUCGGUUAAGGAUUUGGGCUCCUACAACUGGGCGGUUUUUCCUCGUCGUGGCAGUGAGGCACCCUACGUAUGCUUCGUGGAUGCUGCAGACUGGGUGCCGCUUACUCCGGACCAGAGAGCAGUGUGGCCUAACCGCUACAAAGCCCAGGGCUUGUGGACCCUGGUGAGGCACAACCAGCCCGACAAUGUGGAGGCGUUACAGCAGCUCACCAACAACGCGUCCCCCACUUAUGUCAUGGAGGCGCUCCGGACUCUGAUCUCGCCGGAGUACCAGGUUCCCUUGAAGAGCCGGAGCCUUUGGACUUCCUGA